AGAAUACCACACUCAAUUAGUUCGCUUAAGUGAUCUUGCAAUCAGACAGUUGUUUUCAGUUCGAUUUGAUCGUUCCAGAGCUGCUGUUGUUUCUGAAUUUAAUUUGUCCAGAACUUUAUUAGUUUCUGGCAAUCUUCAUUAUUUCAAAUACAAAUUAACAGUUGUGCAUAAAUAGAAUAAUGAAUUACCUGAGGAAAAUACCUAUGCGUAUGGUUGCUAACACAGUCCUGCGCCAGCAGCAAUGUAUGUCCAGCGGUACAGGUGCCAUGUCAGCACUCACCGUCCUCACCGAUGAUGAGCGAGUAAUGAAGGAGACCGUUGCCAAGUUGGCUCAAGAGCAAAUCGCUCCACUUGUUAAAAAAAUGGACGAGGAACACAAAUUCGAUCCUUCAGUGGUGAAGGCAGUUUUCGAGAAUGGUCUGAUGGGCAUUGAAGUUGAUCCUGAAUUGGGUGGUAGUGGUUGCAAUUUUCUGACCACAAUUCUAGUUGUCGAAGAGCUGUCAAAGGUUGACCCAGCUGUCGCUGCUUUCGUUGAUAUCCACAAUACUUUGGUUGUCUCUUUAAUGAAGAAAGUCGGCAGUGAAGAGCAGAAAAACAAGUAUUUGCCGAAGUUGGCGCAAGAAUAUGCCGGCAGCUUCGCUUUGACUGAGCCUGGAGCUGGUUCGGAUGCAUUCGGUUUGAAAACUGUUGCAAAAAAAGAUGGCAAUCAAUACGUUAUUAACGGCACAAAAAUGUGGAUUUCAAACUCUGAUGUGGCUGGUGUUUUCCUUGUCUUCGCAAACGCCAAACCAGAAGCGGGAUAUCGUGGCAUUACCGCAUUCAUUGUUGAUCGCGAAACACCCGGAUUAAUUGUGAACAAGCCUGAAGACAAACUGGGCAUUCGGGCAUCUGGCACCUGCAUGAUAACCUUUGAUAACGUAAGAAUUCCCGAAGAAAAUUUACUCGGCGAAUUUGGUCAGGGUUACAAAUAUGCUGCUGGUUUCUUAAAUGAGGGACGCAUCGGUAUUGGAGCUCAAAUGGUGGGUCUAGCCCAAGGUUGUUUCGACCACACCAUUCCCUAUCUCUUAGAACGCAAGCAAUUCGGAAAGGAGAUCUAUGAUUUUCAAUCAAUGCAGCACCAAAUCGCUACCGUGGCUACAGAAAUCGAAGCAGCCCGUUUGCUCACCUACAAUGCAGCGCGUCUACAGGAGCAGGGCAAGCCUUACUUGAAAGAAGCCGCCAUGGCCAAGUUCUUCGCGUCGGAGGUAGCGCAACGUGCCACAAUCAAGUGCAUUGACUGGAUGGGCGGAGUCGGCUUUACACGUGACUUCCCACAGGAGAAAUACUAUCGCGACGUUAAGAUUGGCGCCAUCUAUGAAGGUACUACCAAUAUGCAGUUGAGCACCAUUGCUAAAGUGAUCAAGAAAGAGUACGCCAAGUAAACAAACAACAACAAAUGAAAAACUAGCAAAUGGUGGACAGUGGCAAUAUCGUAACAGAAACCUAUAGUGCAUUUAUUAGUGAAAUGAUUGAAUGUCUGUGACAAUUUGUUGCUUUCCUUUUUUUUCCUAUGCAACCUCAAAGCGACAUAGGCAUGCUCUCAAUUCCAGUUUAACUUGUAUAUACAUAUAUACAUACCUAAAUAUAUUAACGGAAUAUUUUUGAAAAUAUUUUUAUACAACAUUGUAAAUUGUUUUAAGUUAAAUUUACGUAGUCUGUAAAUGAUGUGCAUUUAUUAAAGUUUAAAUAUACGAGUACAUAUAUAAAUAAAAGAAAUAAAGAAAAUAGUCAAUUUGAAA